ACACUAGUUUGCACAAACCAUUCUCAUUCUCUAUUAUUUUGAAAAAAUAUAUCUGUAUCUCAUACUGUGAAAAUAUUAAUGGGUUCGAACUCAUCAAAUUGGAGUGCGAAGCAAAACAAGUUGUUUGAGAACGCGCUGGCCAUAUACGGCCAUAUGGAGGCACCGGAGAGGUGGGAGAACAUUGCGAGGGCAGUCGGAGGGAAGAGUGUGGAGGAGGUGAAGAGACACUAUGAAAUGCUUGUUGAGGAUGUCAACCAAAUUGAGUCUGGACAAGUUCCCUUGCCCUACUACAAGCCUGUUGCAGGGAGCAACAAGGGCUACAAAUUCAUGGAUGAUCAGGAACAGAGGCUGAAGUGUCUGAAACUGCAAUGAAGCAAUGUGUAGCAAUAAGGGUCCAUUACAUUUCAACUUGAAAAUAGCAAAUGAAGAACCAAAAUAACAAAAAUGAAAUAUGAUUAAGCUUUUCUUUUUUCUUUUUUCUUUUUUUUCUUUUUUUUGUCUUCUUCUUCUUUGAAUUGUCACAUAUUAGCUUAUGCUCCUUUGUACACAUGUAUGUACCAAAGGUGAGUCAAUACUAGAUAUUGUCACUCGCCAUUUCUCAUAUGCUUUCAUUGUCACAUAUAUGAACCAAAGGUGAGUCACUAUUAGAUAUUGUCACUCACCAUUUCUCAUAUGCUUUCAUUGUAAUGGAUCCUCAUUAAAUAUAUCUCCUUCGUUUGACCA